AUGGCAGCUCGGCCAGGUGAGGAGAACGUAGCUACGCUCUUUGGAGAUGUACACUACUUUUAUUCUCCGGCAAAUGUGAAGCCUCGCCAUCACCGAUUCGACAAGGGAUCAUAUGUCUAUCUGUUUGAGAAUGCCAGCGAGAGGAGAUGCCGCAUUGAGAUCGCAAACAAUCCGGGAACUGAUGACCAGGAUGCAUUCUAUGGAUUCCUCGAUCAGGCGCAUGUUCGGUAUUCGUACAAGCAGCACUGCGCCGUCUCGCUGACCGUCGCCGACUCAGUCGAUCAGAGCGAGUGGCAUCUCCCCACCUAUGACCCGCGCAAUGAGAACAAGUAUCACUACAAGCUGCACUCGCUCGACGUCUACUUCUGGACGCAGCAGGAUGCGCUGCAGUUCAUCAACGGCGUCAGGCGCGUGCUGCCGCCCGCCCAGGUCGAGGUUCUCGAUGAGCCAGGCCCGCCGCCUCAGCCCGCGGGCAUGAGCUCCGUCGUCCAGAAGCUCGAGAGCGCGGCCAUUUCGGAUCCUCAGUACGGCAACGGCGCUGUCUCGUCGCAGUCGACUUCACAGAGCUCAAUCGGGGGUCCUGGAGAUGCCUCGGCCGUUUCGUCAGAAACACCAAGCAUCUCCUUGCCGCCUCCGCCGCCUCCGCCUCAGCCAGCGAAUUUUGCGCCGAUGGCCUACAAUCCCGCCGCGCCAGCUGCACCGGAGGCCAUUCGCCAUCGCGAAAAGACGCCUCCCCCGGACGAGGAUCCUCUCAAUCCGUUGGCGGUCGCGGUAGCAUAUGAUUAUCGCGGGCAGCCCUUUACUCCAGGCAUUCCGUCUCAGUUUGCGCCGGGAGUUACCAGCCCAGGGCUUGCGCCUCCUCAGUUUGGAGCACCACCCGUCCACCCUGGAAUUCAUCGAGCAGCGACGAUGCCAACGCAGGCUCUGCCCUCUCCCGGGUUGCCCGGCACUUAUGGGGCAGGUUUUCCAGCAUCGCCAGGCCUUCCUCCACCGCCGGCAUCACAGCCGCCAGUGGCAAAUCAAGGCCUUCCUGGCCCUCCACCAGGCGGGUACUCCAACUACUCAUAUUCCCAGUCAGGCUACGCGCCAUCGGGGUCGGUAGAUUAUUCAAUACAUCAACAGGCAUAUCGACCAACGGAAGCCGAAUCAGCCCAUGGUUACAAGCCACCGAAGCAGGAGGGCAAAGGAAAGUUUGAGGAGAACGCGGGCCGGAUCGAGAGAGGCGUGACGGGCAUGCUGAAGAAGUUUGAAAAGAAGUUUGGAUAG